AAUUAUGAUUAAGGUAUAUAUUCCCAACAUCUUAAUUUUGGAUGUAGUAGUUAUAUUAGAUCUCAAUCACGCUAGUUUUCUCAUCUCAUUUUCAAAAUGGGCUGUAAGUUUUUUUUUCCUGUGGAAAUUCCUGUAUUACUAUGUGUUAUUAGUCAAGUUUUAUUGGGUCCAAUUUCGACGAAUCUUUUUAUCUACAGAACCUGUUACGUUAUAUUGAAUUACAAUAAAUCGGAAUGUGAACAGUUGGGAAACGAAAGUAAUAAUAUUACCAAAAGACUGGAACCGUUAGUUCAGCCGACAGUUAAUAAUAUUGAAACCAUUAUGAUGAUAUCGGAAUCGAUUUUUCCAAUUAUAUUUAGUAUUUGUGUUGGAAUAAUAUCUGAUAAAAUAGGACGAAAACCAUUCUUAGUUCUAUGUAUUGCAGGGCUUACAGUAUCAAAUGCUCUAAAUACAUUGGUUGCGCAUUUUGAAAAUAUUUCACCUUGGUUUUUUAUUGCAACAUCAAUGCCGUCAGUCUUGACUGGAUCGUUUGGUACAGUAUCUCUUAUAGCAGGCAUGAUUUUGGCAGAUACAACAACUCCAAAGACAAGGGUUGUUAGAAUGGGACUUUAUGAUGCAUCGAUGUCCGCUGCUAAUAUACUUGCAAGUCUCGCUUCUUCUUACGUACUGUACGCUACUAGUUAUACGAUGGUAUAUCUAAUAUCAACGAUACUGUUAAUUACGAGUGUUCUUUACGUAAUAAUUUUGCUACCUGAAUCUCUUCACACAGAAACUAAAAAACCAUCUUGCAAAGAACUAAUUCCGAUGUUAAAGAUCACAGAUAUCUUAAAAGUCCCAUUUAAGAAGAGAGAAGGAGGACACUACGUUCUUAUAUUUACGGCAAUUCUUGGAGCUUUUUCCUUUGCGUUUAGGGGAGAGUUUCUUCUCAAAACGCUUUAUGUAAGGCAAAAAGUUUCCUGGACAUUACCACAAAUUACGUACGCUAGCUGUUAUAACAGUAUUUUAUUAAUUGUGGGGACUGUAUUUGGGACCACAGUUUUGUAUAAGAUACUAAAAAUCAAAGAAUUGCCACUUAUCGUGUUUUCAUAUUCAAUGGAAGCUGUGACAAGUCUUCUGUUGGCUUUGGCAACUAAUAGUUAUUUUAUAAUAGCAGCAUAUACUACUCAUUGUUUUGGUGGGCUUGCUGGAUCGAUGAUUAGAGCACUAAUGUCGUUCAUGGUGGAGCGCCAAGAAUUGGGAAAACUUUACGCUGCUUCUGGUGUUCUAGACAGUGUAGUAGGAAUGAUUUCUAUGAGCAUUUAUCCUCAAAUAUAUAAUGCAACAAUAAAUAUCAACAGUGGUAUUUUCUAUUUCGUUAAUAUGGGCAUAUAUGCUAUAUUAGCGUUGGUUGUUCUAUAUUUGAUGAGAUAUGAGAUGCCCAAACCAACUGCAUCAAAUUAUGAAACAGAAGAUACAACAAAUAAUGAAAUUAAUGAUAUUGAGGAGAAAUCAGAAACAGAAUAAAAUUCUCAUUCCUAUACAUUACUAUACUUAAAUACUCUAUUAGGUUAAAUUUAUUGGAGAGCCACUAAUUUAACAUUAUGUUCUAUGAACAAAGUUUGUACAUAUAUUUUUUUUACAAAUAAAACCAUUUCUGUGAUA